CUAAGACAUAGGAGUCAGAAAAUCAUCAGCCGCCUCUUUCACUUCAACCCUCCUUAAACCUCAUCUCUUUCCUACUCCGCCGCUCUCUCCGUCGUCGCCGCCGUCAUCCCAUUCAAGGUGAAAAUGGCUGGGAAGUCGAACAAAUCGAAGGCCAAGAGAGCGGCUCAGAGCUCUGCCGCGAGUUCCACUGAGCCUGCCCUUCAACCCGAUGCUCCUGCAUCUGCUCCUGCUCCCGAUAAUGGAACCGCCAGUGUUGUUGAAGCUGCCGUGCCUGAAGCUAAUCAAAUUCCUCCCCCGCUUCCUAAGGCUGAGGAAACCGAAUCGCAAGUAGAAACUAACGAUGCCCAACCCAAGCAAGGUGAACUUCGUCUUUACCCUGUUGCUGUCAAAACACAAAGUGGCGGUAAAAUGGAGCUACAGUUAAACCCUGGAGAUUCAGUGAUGGACAUUAGGCAAUUCCUCCUUGAUGCCCCAGAGACGUGUUAUUUCACGUGCUAUGAGUUGUUGCUCCGCAAUAAGGAUGGGGAGACCCAUCAUCUGGAAGAUUACAAUGAGAUCUCUGAAGUAGCUGACAUCACCACUGGUGGUUGCUCCUUGGAAAUGAUUGCAGCGUUAUAUGAUGAUAGAUCGAUCAGGGCUCAUGUUCACCGUGCUAGAGAUCUCUUGUCGCUUUCGACACUUCAUUCUUCCCUAUCAACAACGCUUGCCUUGCAAUAUGACGCAGCACUGAACAAAGUUCAGAAUCCUGGAGACAAACCAAAAUCUAACGGCCCCGAGCUCGAAUGUCUGGGUUUCAUGGAAGAUGUACCUAGCUCUCUCAGGAAGUUGAUAAAUUCUCCAUCGGAAGAGAUCAAAUGUGUGGAGAGCAUUGUGUUCUCCUCUUUCAAUCCUCCCCCAAGCCACAGAAGGCUUGUAGGAGACUUAAUUUAUUUGGAUGUUGUGACGCUGGAAGGAAACAAAUACUGCAUCACGGGUACCACAAAGGCGUUUUACGUUAAUUCUAGCUCAGGGAAUAUUCUCGAUCCAAGGCCGAGUAAAUCUGGAUUCGAAACAUCCACUCUUAUUGGAUUAUUGCAAAAACUUAGCUCUAAGUUUAAAAAAGCUUUCCGCGAGGUCAUGGAAAAGAAAGCCUCUGCACAUCCUUUUGAAAAUGUUCAAUCGCUUUUGCCACCACACUCAUGGCUUAGAUCGUAUCCCGUUCCCGAUCACAAGCGAGAUGCAGCGAGAGCGGAAGAAGCAUUGACCAUUUCCUAUGGUAGUGAGCUGAUUGGUAUGCAAAGAGAUUGGAAUGAAGAGUUGCAAUCUUGCAGGGAGUUUCCUCACACUACUCCUCAAGAAAGGAUCUUACGUGACAGGGCUCUUUACAAAGUGUCGUCUGACUUUGUCGAUGCGGCGGUUAAUGGAGCAAUCGGUGUAAUCAGCCGAUGUAUACCACCCAUAAAUCCAACUGAUCCAGAGUGUCUGCACAUGUAUGUGCACAACAAUAUCUUUUUCAGUUUUGCUGUUGAUGCCGACAUUGAACAGCUAUCCAAGAAACGUCCAUCAAGUAAUCUUUCGGUGACUGAGAAAGUGUCCUCGUCAGAAAAGCUUCCAUGCACAGAAGGAACCUGCGAUGGAGAACAUAAUGCAGAGCUUAACAACUGUAAUGAAGCGCCCCUUGUUGAAAAUGAGCAGGCAACGUAUGCCUCUGCAAACAACGACUUAAAAGGCACAAAGUUAUAUCAAGAAGCAGAUGUCCCAGGCUUAUAUAAUCUGGCAAUGGCUAUAAUUGAUUACAGAGGUCAUAGGGUUGUUGCUCAGAGUGUUCUACCAGGCAUCCUUCAAGGGGAUAAAUCCGAUGCACUUUUAUAUGGUUCAGUCGAUAAUGGCAAGAAAAUAUGUUGGAAUGAAGAUUUUCAUGCUAAGGUGCUAGAGGCUGCAAAACUUCUUCAUAUAAAGGAGCAUGCUGUUAUUGAUGCUUCCGAAAAUGUCUUCAAGUUAGCUGCACCAGUAGAGUGCAAGGGGAUUGUUGGGAGUGAUAACAGGCAUUAUCUUUUGGACUUGAUGAGAGUGACACCCCGUGAUGCCAAUUAUACGGGUCCAGAGUCACGCUUUUGUGUCCUAAGACCAGAGCUGAUCACAUCAUUUUGCCAGGUCCAAGCUGUUGAAAAAUCAAAAUCUAAAAGCAAGACUGAUGAAGGGGCGGAUAGUGUUUCUGAUCCUUCUGAUGUUAGUGUUGAUACUUCUAAAGCUGGUGAUGAAUUGAUCCACGGAGAGGAAAACGGAGCUUCCACUUCUGAGAAAACUGUUCCAGAAAAGCAACAAACCAGUGCCCACAAUUCUGCAACUGAAUCUUCUGAAAGUUCCAAAUCAUGUGAUGAAAUAGCAUUUAACCCCAAUGUCUUCACUGACUUCACAUUAGGUGGCACACAAGAGGAGAUAGCUGCUGAUGAAGAAAAUGUGAAGAAAGUUAGCUCAUACCUUUUGGAUGUGGUACUUCCAAAAUUUGUAGAAGAUCUUUGCAAUCUGGAAGUUUCCCCAAUGGAUGGUCAGACUUUGACUGAAGCACUCCAUGCUCAUGGUGUUAAUGUUCGUUACAUUGGAAGAAUUGCUAAUGGAGUGAAGCAUUUGCCUCAUUUGUGGGAUCUUUGUCUAAAUGAGAUUACUGUCAGAUCCGCGAAGCACAUUCUCAAGGACAUUCUAAGAGAAAUAGAGGAUCACGAUAUUGGAGCAGCGGUCUCUCAUUUCCUUAACUGUUUCUUCGGAAACUAUGUAGCUGCUGGGGGAAAAGCCAGCACCAACAGCUUGCAUGCUAAAAAUCAGAAGAAGGAUCAAUCUAUCACCAAAAAGGGUCAAGGAAGAGGGAAAGGAAAAGCUUCUGCAAAGAAAAGUCUUUCAUCGUAUAUGAUGGUCGACUCCAACAGUCUGUGGUCUGACAUUCAGGAAUUUUCCAAAGCCAAGUAUGAGUUUGAGUUGCCCGAGCUGUCAAGAACUACAGCUAAAAAAAUACCUGUUCUCCGUAACCUUUGCCAAAAGGUUGGUAUUAGUGUCGCUGCUCGAAAAUAUGACUUUAGUGCCUCUUCGCCUUUUGAGGCAUCAGAUGUAUUGGAUCUUCGGGCUGUUAUUAAGCAUUCAGUCCCUGUGUGCUCUGAGGCUAAAAAUCUCGUUGAGAUGGGGAAACUCCAACUGUCUGAGGGCAUGCUUAGUGAAUCAUACACGUUUUUUUCAGAGGCGUUUUCAAUACUUCAACAGGUGACUGGUCCAAUGCACAGGGAAGUCGCAAACUGCUGCAGGUACCUGGCCAUGGUUUUGUACCAUGCAGGAGAUAUGGCUGGUGCCAUUAUGCAGCAACACAAGGAACUAAUCAUAAAUGAACGAUGCCUUGGUUUGGACCAUCCCGAUACUGCUCACAGCUAUGGCAAUAUGGCUCUUUUCUAUCAUGGACUUAAUCAGACAGAACUUGCUCUACAGAACAUGGGCCGUGCCUUGCUAUUACUUGGCCUUUCUUCUGGCCCAGAUCAUCCAGAUGUUGCAGCCACAUUUAUAAAUGUUGCCAUGAUGUAUCAAGAUAUGGGAAAAAUGGACACAGCUCUACGUUAUCUUCAAGACGCUUUGAAGAAAAAUGAGAGACUUCUUGGUCCCGAACACAUUCAGACUGCAGUGUGCUACCACGCUCUUGCGAUUGCGUGCAACAGUAUGGGUUUAUUCAAACUCUCACAGCAGCAUGAGAAGAAAACCUACGAUAUACUUGUCAAACAAUUGGGAGAGGAUGAUUCGAGGACAAAAGACUCUCAAAACUGGAUGAAGACGUUUGAGAUGCGUGAGCUUCAGAAAAAUGCACAAAAGCAGAAAGGACAUGCAGUUAACGCGGCCAACACGCAAAAGGCUAUCGAUCUCUUGAAGGCACGUCCAGACCUGAUAGAGGCGUUCCAAAACGCAGCAGCAGCUAGUGAGAGGAAUAAUGCAAUGAAUGCGGCUGUACUCGGGGAGGCUCAACCUCGGGGCAGAGGUUUUGAUGAAAGAGCGGCUCGUGCUGCAGCUGAAGUUAGGAAGAAAGCAGCUGCCAAGGGGCUACUGGUUCGUCCCCAUGGUGGUGUUCCAGUUCAAGCUAUGCCACCGCUCUCUCAAGUGGUCAGUUCAGAUUCUUCAAAGAAAAUUGGGGAAAAUGGGGAGGCAAAGGUAGAAGAGAAGAAAGCAUCCUCUGAAAACGGGAAAGCAGCGAACGUAGGUGCUCCCGCAGGAUUAGGUGCUGGUUUAACAUCUUUGGAUAGGAAGAAGCAAAAAGCCAAAAAGUAAAACCUUAGGAGCUUUGAAGGAAAUGGUGCUCGAUUCUAAAAGUAGUUGCAGUCCCCCCUGCGUCCAACACCCACUUUUUUUGGUUUUUAAUGUUUUAAAAUUUGAUAAAAAGAAAAAGGCACAUCAUUCCUUUUUCUUAAUCAGCAAACCCUUGAUUUUUUAUCUACUAAACUUGUUUUGCAUCACGGUUUAUUGUAUUUUUAUAAAUCAAUACUAUAAUAAUACUUGAGUUUAACUUAU